UCUUAUCUCGUGUGCGCCAAGUCAUGCAAUGUGAACUACAGAAUAUUAUGAAUGUCAGUGUUCAGAGGGAUGGGAGAAGGAAGAGGUCUGUUGGACAUGAUGACACUGGAGAUAGUGGAAUGUGACUUAUGAAGUCAGUGUUGUGAAUCCAACAUGGAAGCAAAGAAGGAUGGAGAACAAGGAGGUCUGCGGUCUCCUUCACCUUCCUGCUACAGGUGCAGCCUCCUAGCUUUGCUCUUCUUCUUCCUCUUUGUAGGAGUGUUGGUGGGUCUUCUGGUUGCAUACCUGGUGCCGGAGGAGCAUUAUUUCAUGGAGACAGUGGAACUGAAAGGUCUCAAGUAUGAUCCUGUUUUGAAGGAUAGGCGCUCUGGUUUCUUCAUAGUACUGUCUUCGGUUUUAACGUUUAAGAUUAAAGAUGUAUUUGAAGCCUCAUCAAUGUCAUCUCACUAUGAUGGCUGUCAUAUUGUUGGCUAUGGUAACAUUAAUGGUGACGUGAUGGCAACAUUCAGACUGGUCUUCCGUAUGUCUAAGGCCCAACAGUUUUCAGACAGCUUUGUUCAGGACUUGCUGAGAACAGGGCUCAGGGCAGCACUGCACGAGGAACCAAUAGAGGUGCCACAGUUUGGAGAGAUCAAUACCAUCGUCUUACUGGGAGCGAGUGGGAAGUCAUUUUAUACUAUUGGAGAUGAGAGAAUGGCCAGGUGUCCUAAUAACACUUUCACUUGUGACAAUGGGGAAUGCGUCACCAAAAUAAAUCCAGAGUGUGACUUCAUUGCUGACUGUGCAGACGGAUCUGAUGAAGCUCGCUGUGCCUGCGGUACACGUCCUGCCAUGGGGAGUCGUAUUGUGGGUGGUGAGAAUGCUCAACAAGGCGAGCUGCCAUGGCAGGUCAGUCUGAGGCUUCAUGGACACCACACCUGUGGAGCCUCCAUUCUCAACAAACAGUGGUUGGUCAGUGCAGCACACUGCUUUCAGGGGCAGAAUAACCCUGGAGAGUGGAUGGCCCUGGUAGGGGCCAGACUGAUUAGCGGUGCGGAGUCGGUGUCUAAGCUGAUUAAAAUCAAGUCAGUGAUUGUGAAUCCAGACUACAACCCCACAACCAAUGACUAUGAUGUAUCUCUACUCGAGCUGGAGACCCCUCUCACUUUCAGCUCUUACAUCCAGCCCGUCUGCUUGCCCUCUUCAUCUCACGUCUUCGCUCCGGGCCAGAGCUGUGUGGUAUCGGGGUGGGGUGCAUUAAACGAGUUUAGCAUUGUCCUGCCAUCUGCACUGCAGAAGGCAGUGGUGAAGGUCAUCAACACCAAGGAGUGCAAUAACACGUCUGUGUACAGGGGUGCUAUUACUCAGAAUAUGAUGUGUGCUGGCUUCCUGCAGGGCAGGGUGGACUCCUGUCAGGGUGACUCUGGAGGGCCCCUGGUGUGUGAGGGAGCACCGGGAAGGUUCUUUCUGGCUGGUGUAGUGAGCUGGGGUAUGGGCUGUGCCCAGCUCAACAAGCCUGGGGUUUAUACCCGGAUCACCGCUCUGUCCAACUGGAUUGUAAGCCACACAGAUCCCAGCUUGGUCCAUGAUUACCUCCAGUAUGCUCCCACAGUGCCAGCUACUGUGACAGAAAGGAACUUUAGUGAUUCAGCAGUACCCCAGACCACAGCCAUGUCUGCACCAUCACUAUCUGUCUUGAAAUGCAAUGAAAACUUCCAGUGUAGCGCCACCUCCUGCAUCAGCAAGGUCAACCCAGAGUGUGACAGUGUCCCUGACUGCCCCAACCAGGCAGAUGAAAGCCACUGUGACUGUGGCGUUCGUCCUAUAUUGGGCAGCCACAGAAUAGUGGGUGGAGUAACAGCUCGCAGGGGAGAGUGGCCUUGGAUUGGUAGUCUCCAGUACCGGAGUCUUCAUCGCUGUGGUGCCACACUCAUUGAUAGGAAAUGGUUACUCACAGCAGCACACUGCUUCAAAGGUGAUCCUAGCCCCAUUAACUGGGCUGUGAGCCUGGGAUCUGUGCUGCGCACUGGGGUGGGAGCCCUGAUCAUCCCCAUCCACAGGGUUAUCAUCCACCCGGCUUUCAAUGGUACUAACAUGGACCAGGACGUCGCUCUGCUAGAGCUGGCACUCCCAGCCCCCAUGUCUAACACUAUCCAGCGUGUCUGUCUCCCCUCACCGGUGCACCACUUUCUGAAGAAUGCAGAGUGCUACAUCGCAGGCUGGGGGUCCAUGAAGGAAGGAGGUUCACUGACCAACCUGCUACAGAACGCUGCAGUGAAAAUCAUUGACCAGGCAGACUGCCAGCGGCCGUACAGAGAUGCCCUGACUCCUAACAUGAUGUGUGCUGGUUACAUGGAGGGAGGCCGGGACACCUGUUUGGGAGAUUCUGGAGGGCCACUGACUUGUCGUCAGUACUCUGGCCAGUGGUUUAUUGCUGGAGUGACCAGCUGGGGACAUGGAUGUGGGCGAAUUGGUUUUCCAGGGGUGUACACUCGUGUGACAUCUGUCAGGACAUGGAUAUCUACAUACUUGUCUUUCUGAUGAGGCUAAAAAUCUGCCAUACCUGCAAAGAAAUGACAAACUGUGUGGACACAAUGGAUUUCUUGAUACAUAUUCUCCCAAAAAUUGUACUGUAAUACUACAAUUGUGCAAAAAUCCACAAACACAUACUGUGUUGACCUGUGUGACCUACUUGAUCUUAGGUGCUGUUUGGUAUACUGUGCAAUCAUCUGAACUGGAAUGUCUCUUUCAACAUGAUUCAAAAGAUAUUCUGCUAGCAUAUGAAGGAUUGAAUAUAUUAAUUUAUUUUGCUGACUGGUAAACACACUGUACAUGGUGCAUUUUGGGGCUCUUUUUUUGUUUUAAUUUUGUGUGGGGCUCAGAAUAUAUACGGUUCAUUUAUGGGUACAUUUCCUUGUUUAUUCUAUGCAAUGUAGGUGGGUUUUCUGUGGAAAAUACAGUUCUGUACAGAAUGGCAGUGGACUCGGCCCUAAAGGAAUUCACCUUUUGGUUUGAAUUUGAUGAACACACAAGUCAUGGUAAUGUUUGAUAACACAAGAUAAAAACCUGCCUGACAGGAUUUAUUGAUUUCUCAUGAACAUCAUUCCAUUCACUCACAAUCACACCUCACAUUGCAAAUAAUGUUCACAG